GGGGCGGGACUCUGGCCGGCCGGUGGCGGCGGCGGCGGCGAGUGUUGCGAUUCUUCCCCGGAGCCAGGAGCAGGACAGGAGGGGAUGAUGGAGCCUGCAGCAGCGGCCGGGGCCGGGGCAGCAGCCGCCACAAGGAAAGACAUGGACAAGAUCCUGCUCAGAAUAGUGGUCUUGCUCCCUCACAUCUUCCCUGUCAAGCUGGCCGGGGUGCAAGCUCAGCCUCAAGGUAGAGAAGCAUGUGUUGGCGUAAACAACCAGAGUUAUUUCUGUGAAACGGGGCAUUGCUGUGGAGAAUCGCAAUGCUGUAACUACUAUUAUGAGCUCUGGUGGUUCUGGCUUGUUUGGACCAUCAUCAUCAUCCUGAGCUGCUGCUGCAUCUGUCACCAUCGACGGGCCAAGUUGCGACUGCAGCAACAACAGAGGCAGCGCGAGAUCAACCUCAUUGCCUACCAGGGAGCACGCAACUACUCCCUGCUCCCGCUCUACCUGAGGUUUUUGCCGAGCUAUUUGCUGCCUCCGUACGAGGAAGUGGUGAACCGGCCCGUCACGCCUCCGCCCCCCUACAGCGCUUUCCAUCAGCAGCCCGUCCCGCAGUGCAACGGCCCCUCCAUCUCGGAGCCACCACGGGCUCCGGCCGCCCCCGGUAACGCAGUGCUGACAGUGUGCGAGGCGGUGCCUCGGCAGGACAGCUCGUUGGGCCCGGACUCGCCGCGGGGGUCGUUCAAGGCACCGUGCGGCGGUGGCGGGGCGGAGGAGCUGGUGCUGGGCUCAGAGCGGGAGCCGGUGCGGGCUUGUCGCCCAGACCCGGAGCAGGAGGACGAGGGGGAGGAGGACGAGGAGGAGGAGGAGGAGGAGUUCGACUGCCCCGAGAAGGAGCAGCUCAACGACUACUACCCCGGCUCAUCCUCCAAGAUCGAGACCUGGCAACAGCAACAUCAGCCCAGCCCCGAGAUCAAAGAUACGGACAAGACCCCCGGGAGGCACCGCAGGUUCACCGGAGACUCGGGCAUCGAGGUGUGCGUCUGCAACCGGGACGGGGACGAUGCCAGGGAGGUGGACGGGCUGAUGGACGGCACGGGUGGCGCGGUGGAGUAUUGCAGCACCUGCGACGUUUGCGACGCAUGUCCCCGUCCGGACACGGGGGAGGAGGGAGAAGGGGAGGAGGAAGGGGAUGGCACAGCCGAGGAGCGCAAGGAGCAGCACGGCACGGGGCUGGACCAGCCCGUCUGCCUCUUGUUGGACACCAUCAAUGAGAACGAGCUGCUGCAAGCCCACCAACGGCACGACCCCCAGACCUAAAACUGGCGGCCCUGACUCUCCGCCGCCCUGGUCUGACGUGUCGCACUCGAGGACUCUCUUGUGCUCUUGUUUCAUCCCAAUCGCUUCCGGUGUCGAGUGUAACUUGGAUGGGGUUGAAGGAAAAGACAGCAGAUGCUAAAGCACUGGGUGAGAUCACUGCUCAACUACGCUGGCAUCGACAGUACUGAACCCCACCAACAAUGUCUCUCCGUGCACAAGACAUGGUGGCAUAGAAGCAAUUAUAACAGCAACUGGAAUUUUAUAUCCAGCAUUUAAAAUUUUAAUCAAAAUGUAUUUGCAUGGGAUUGUGACCCUUUGUUCACCUUGAGUUGUAUGAAGAGACCACUUGUGUCCUUGUAGGAGUGACGGCAUUGUCCGUCUGAGUUGAAGUUGCAAGCGGUCUGAUACAAUGUGGGAGGCUUUGGCUCUGAUGCACUGUGUACUUUCCUGUAGAAGGCGGGUGAUGGGUUUUUUUCUCCUGGGACUAUGCACAACAGCUUUAAACUGCAUAAAAGGCAAUCCUCCUGCAUCACCUCUCUCCCCCUCUCCCCCUCCCUCUCUCCCUCUCUCUCUCUCCCACACACACGCACUCUUUCUGUACCGAAACAUGAGGGUUUACUUGCUUGUCACAGUUUUGCGUUCGCGAUAUGUUGCGUCGCGUCGGAAGAUUAAGGAGAUGUCGCGAGUGACAAUGUGACCUCCUCACCUGGAGUUGACUGGAAGUCAACGUAGCAAAAAAAAAAGAAAAGAAUGUGAGAAAUGUACUGGGAUAUGCGAUUUAUACUUUUUAAAACUUCUGCUAGAUCUUUCGGUGUAAAGAUGUCCGUAGUGUGGAGAGUGCCUGGUUGAUGUGAGUGCGGUUUCAGAGAUGAUUUAAGUGUUUCCUAUGUGAAACUUGGGUGCCUAUGAAUGGUGUUUGACUGGUGCAGUUGAUGGACUCGGCAGCAGAGCAGGUGAACUCCGCUAGUCUACGAUCCUUUGGACAGGAGAACAUUUCCCGCGUGUGUGCAUGUACACCUGUUUGUGUGCACUUGUGUGUGUGUGUGUGUGUGUGUGUUUGUACCAUGCAACAGAAUUGCAGGCUGUUUUGUCUUCUUUACACAUGUACACAAAGUGUGGGUGUACAAGGCAAGGGUAGGCUCUUAAUUGCAUACACGACCUCAGCAUAUCCCAAAGCGCUUAACAGCAAACCAAGUACUUUUGAAAACAAGCCACUAUAUGUACCACAGGAAACUUGGCAUUCAAAUUUGCACACAGCAGGCUCUCUCGAACAGCUGUGAAGCCAAAUGACCACCUCUGUUGCAGGUUGUUGGUUGAGUGGGAAGGGUUGGCGAGAGUUCAGCUACGGCUCCACUCCUCUACCUCUCAGUCUGGGACUCUCAUGUCUGAAGAGAGGUCUUGACCCAAAACCUUUUACUCCAGAGAUGCUGUUUGACCCGCUGAGUUACGCCAGCACUUUGUGCCAAUGUUCGGUGUUAACCAGCAUCUGCAGUUCUUUCCUACACAUCCACUCCUCUAUGGGUUGUCAAUAUAAAGUCCCAGCCAUACGAUGUUUCCUUCAAUUGUGCAAUAACAUGCCCGAGUCCAAACGGGACAGGGUGGGUGAACUUGAGUUUGUAUCUGCAUGUGUGCCUACUUUGUUUUGACUGCACACAAUGAUGCCAAAUCUGAAAUAGAACCAGUCACACCUCUGUAGUCCAUCCGUGACCAUCGGUUCACACCACUGUGUGGCUGACGGCUCACUUUUCCUCGAUUUCCUCCUCCCUGUCCCCACCUGCUCCUGUUACAUCACAUCAAUUACAACACGCUGAGUUUCGGAUUAAUAUCCAUGUUUUGACUUGCCAAUCUUCUGUUUCAUGCUCAGUGACUUUGGGGAAUGACUAAUUCCUCUCCAUGUUGGAGAUGCUUUGUGGUAAAUCCACCCAACGGCUUGGUCUCAGUUGCUUUGGACAAGGGUCCGUAUGUGUAACCUUGGGGUGUUGACCAUCCCUCCCCCCCUCCAAGGGGGAAGGAAGCCAUUGACUGGUGGACCAGGGAAGGGUGACACCAGGCAGGAAAACACUUUCAUUUCGACCAAACCAAGAUGCGCAAUAAAGCCAAAGGAACUCGAAGUUCUCCAAAGCAGUAGACUAUAGAUUGGCUGCUCAUCAGCAACCGUUGUGGGCGAUUGAGACCUUGAGGUGGACUAACUGACAACACAGCUGUCGUAGUAACCCUAUUAUUUGUUGGUGUAGGGGGAGCUGAGCUGGGAGAACAGCACUGCAAUGUUGAGGUCCAUAAUGGGCAAAGCACAAAGACCUUUUCAGGGAAUGGCCUUCCAGUCCAUUGACGACCAGUUUUGAGGUUUUCUUUUCCUUCUUUUUAAAAAAAAGAGGGAUGUGAAGUGGGGAAAUAACAUCUCUGCAGCACUAACGUCAACUGGCAACGUGCGGGUUUAAAGUUUUUUUCGAUUUGAAAACUUUUAUUUUCAAACAGAAUUUGGAGCGUAUAUAGACAUAACUUACAGAAUGCAAAAAUACUUUCAUAAUGCACAGAAGAGUGGUCAAGAAAUUGUGGUUUUCAUGUGGAGAUUCACAUGUGCAGUGCUUCUGCCAACUGCUCGCUUGCACUUGGUUUUAACAUCACAUUGUAAUUUUUCAAUAGAUAUUUUAAUGAUUUAUUAAAAAAUCAAUAGAG